AUGAACAACCAUGGUCAGCGAGCUCUCGGCGUCGCCUGGAAGCGCUUAAAAACGGUCAACAUGCCCUCCAUGUCCUGGGUCUCCCCCACCCCUGAGGACCUCGGGGGCACUUCUGUCUCCACAGACAACGCCACUGACGUCCUGAUCAUCUUGAGCGCCAGUGACGUUCUGCCUGAGGACUUCACUGUCGCCGUAAAGGUGCUGUUUAUCGUGCUGUACGCCGUGAUCAUUGUAUUAGCUCUGCUCGGGAACACGGCGCUCGUCUUUGUCGUCCUCACCAACCCUGCCAUGAGAAACGUCACCCACACCUUCCUGGUGUCUCUGGCCGCAAGUGACAUACUGAUAGCCGUCUGGAACAUGCCUUUUCAGCUCUCCUUCUACGUCCACAACGAGUGGCUCCUCGGAGAAUUCAUGUGUAAAUUCACCAGCUACUUGCAGGGCGUCAACAUCGUGUCCAGCACAUUCGCCCUUACGGGAAUAGCUUUUGAGAGGUUCUACGCGAUCUGUCACCCAAUCAAAGCCCGCUACCUGCGCACCAUGAGAAGGACGGUGAGUCUCGUGCUGGUGUUCUGGGUCCUCAGCUUCUCUCUCCUCAUUCCGCAAAUCUUCCUCCAGAAACUCUUGCCCAAAGUCAAGGUUGACCAGUCCCGCUACCCGCUCUUCAGCAUUGCCUUCGUAUGUGUCGAGGUGUUCGAGCAGAAGACGGCCAUGAUGGCUUACACCUUCUUCUUCUACUUUGUCCUGUACCUGCUACCGAUGACCGUCAUGUUCGGCACGUACGGUAAGAUCGCGCACAGGCUCUGGGUCCAACAACCAAUCGGCGACGCGCUGUCUAAUCCCCAACACCACAUACGACACACGAGACAAAAGAAAAAAAUCAUAAAAACACUGAUUACGGUCGUGGUACUCUUCGCAGUUUGCUGGUUUCCGUUCUUCACCAUGCAGAUUUUUCUGCUGUUCCGUGAGGUGACGUACGAAUUUCGUGUGGCCAGCGCCGUAUUUAAGCUCGUUGGCUACAUGAACUCCUGUCUGAACCCUCUGCUCUAUGCCUUCAUGAACGACGCUUUCCGACGCUACCUCUGUGUUUCCGUAUUCCAUAAAUGUAGACGGGAGAAUAAAGACCAGGGUAAUGUCAGCGUAACCAUUGAAACCGGUGUGUGA